UUAAAAAGAAGAGACCGGUUUGUAGACCAUUUGGGACAGUGCGUCCAACAAGCUGUUGAAGAGGAGCAGGAGGCGCAGGAGCAGCAGGAGCAGCAGCAGCAGCAGCAGCAGGAGGCCAAAGAGCCUCUGAGCAUCUCAACAUUUUUUAGACCUACAAAGUUGAGCAAAGUACAGGCACAUCUGGACAGCCACUUCACUCGUGCAGUUGUUCAUGAAGGGUACACCAUCCACAGAUGUGGUUUAGGCUGUCGGCCCCAACUGCAUUAUCACUGCAUCAACUGCCAGUCAAUGCUGGUGAGAAAAGCAGACUUUGUUAAACACCUGGCAAUAUGCAGAAAGAGACAGUUGGCUGUUCCACUGCCUCCAUCACCCUCACCUCCCACCUCUGUGGCAGCUCCAUCACCCUGGCCUUCCAGUAGUCCUCACAGCAGGCCUAUCUCUCUGGCCCAGUUAAUGACCAAAGACCUGCCGUUGGAGCCUCGCCUUCCUCUGUCAUCCCUGCACCUUCUGGUUCCUCCACUGAGGUUGAUGUCAGCCUGUAUGUGGCAGGUGGCCCAGGAGCGAAAUGUGGACCAGUAUGAUAAACUGGCCGAAUUCAUCACACUGGUGAUAGAGAUGGUCCCGGACCUUCUGAACUACAAGCAGAAGGCUCAGCUAAUCCUGGGACUGAAAGCGCGGCUCAUCCUUGAGUUCAUAAAGAGGACGGAUGUUGACUGUAAAGCUAUCCAGGACCAUCUUCUUAGUUUCCAGCAGAGGAUGACAGAGGACCAAGAUGGAGAGGUGGAGAUGUCAAAGUCAGCUUUUGUGGAGCUGGUUCAGACACUGCUGGCAGACCAAUCUGAAAAAGAGAUUUUUUUCAAGGAGGUCUACUCUGUACAAUAUGGAGCUCGUUUUGAUACAGCGCUCCAGAUCCUGGUGUGGGAGUUCUUCUACCAAUUGGAAGAGUUGCUCCCAGUACCAAGUUUUUCACAGGUAUUCUCCAUGUUUGACGUGUCUUCCCGCCACUGUGAGUUUGAGCGGUUUGUCUCCGACCCUCAAGAUCUGAGGAGGAUUCUGCAGCGCCAACAGAAGCAACAAAAGUUGACCAAAAGUGAAUUCACCUUCAUGUCAGACACUAUCCUCUCCACGCUGGCAUCUAAACAGACUUCAGCGGCAUUUCAAGAUCAUGCUUAUCAAAAAAUUGAUGAUCAAGAUGGAGACGGGAAACCAGAGGGAAGAAAUCAAGAAAAGCCACAAAGUAAGGAUGAUGAAGAGACUGACGACAGUUCCAUUGAAACUAACCCAGACACCCGGCUGCAAGAGCGCGGCCUGUCACCGCUUACGUCCUCUCCAUGUUCUGAAGAAGCUGGUGCGGCAGAUGACGGCGAAACAGCUGGUGAAGCCGCCGUCCAGCCACCCAGAUGCUCAGAAAGCUCAGCGGAAGGAGUGGAGGAACAUCUGGAUCUGAGGAUAAACGAGCUGUCAGAAGAGAACACAAUCCAGUCCUCGGCAGGAGACAGAGCCGAUGUCUCUCUUCCAUUCAGUGAGGACUCCUUAAGCGCCAGUGAAAACACCUGCCUGGAGUGUGGUGAGACUUUUGCACGUCGUUCCUCUUUGAAAAAACAUUAUCUUGUUCACCCUUCGGCACGGCCGUUCAAGUGCACUCAGUGCGAUAAGGCCUAUAAAUACAACAAAGACCUGAAACAACAUUUGCGUAAUCACUUUAACCCUAAAAUCCUGGCCUUCGCUUGCAGCGUUUGUGGGAAGAGAUUUAAUUCUCAGGCUUUGCUUACAGUCCACAUGCGUCAUCACAGCGGAGAGAGGCCGUACGCCUGCUCGUACUGUGACAAGAGGUUCCUGACGAAGCCAGUCUUGACGACCCACAUGCGUCUUCACACCGGCGAGCGCCCGUAUGCCUGCAAGUUUUGCGACAAGACAUUCACACAGCUGUACCCGCGCACCGUGCACCAAAGGACACAUAACAAAGAGAAGCCGUACCUGUGCAGCACAUGUGGUAUGUCCUUUAGUGGCUCUGGGGCCUUGCUGGUGCAUACACGCACUCACACGGGGGAGCGGCCUCAUUGGUGCGACUUGUGCGGAAAACGUUUCGCCACAGCCAUUCAGUUGACGGUUCAUCGGAGAUUCCACACCGGGGAGAGGCCGUACCCUUGCUCACAUUGUGACAAGUCGUUCCACAGUAGUACAGGACUGAAGAAACACAUGAGGACACACACGGGAGAGAAACCUUACAAGUGUAUAACGUGUCACAAGACGUUUUCUCAAAGAUCCAACAUGAGGAUACACCUCAAAGUCCACAAGAACCUCUAGCAUACUGUUGUUGAUGCUCGUGGGUGUUCACGUUACUGUAUGAAAGGCUGGUUCAUUGCUAUGUCAAGACAGUCUGUUUUGGUGCAUCUCCAUGUCAAUAAAUCACCAACAUGUAUGUUUGCAUGUAAAUAUCGACUUAGGACACUCAGAUAGUACAGAUGUGGAUUAAUGUGUACGUAUAUGAACCUCACGUUUUAAGAGACCAUUGUUAAAGAGUAUAUGUUUAGGUUCGGUUUAUGUUAAAGACUUUUCAAUAAAAAUAAAUACCAAAAUUAAGGAGUGAGUGGUCUUAUGUUUGACAUAGUGACAAACGUGUGUGACUGAGAGAUAGUCAUCAGUUAUACUGUAGAAUCUGAAAAAGGGUGUGUGAUAAAUAAUGUUUUGCACAACUUAUAAACAUUUUUUGAUAAUAUUCUUAUAAAUUUACUUGUUUUAAAAUUUGCAACCAAAAAAUGUACUGGG